CACUCCUGCUAGCCGCUAUGCUUUCGCUCUUAUCUUGUGUCUAUAAAAGGAAGUUAAGCUUGUGUAUUUGAAAUGUAAGCUAGGUAAGUGUCUGCCACUCAUUGAUAACAUUUCAGAGAGCUGAGAUAUGCUAUCUAUUAAUUGACGUAGCUAAAGAAAAUGUUAGCAACUACAAAACAAUGUUUACGCGCGUGUCACUAUUCAUGAGUGUGGAAGUGGCGACCAAGCAUCUGUAGUUAACAUGCGGAAUUCAUGCAUACAAAAAACAGAAAGUAAGGUAGUAGCGUUAACGCCAUGUAACGGGAUAAGGAAGACUUUUAUUCCGGCAUUUUACUUCGAGCAGAAAGGCAACAGACGAUGUGAGAAAUCCACUCAGCAUCUCUCAUUCUGGCAGAGAAAAGACCAACCAUGGCCGUCUCUGCCAUCAGGAAUUGGUGGAAUACCCACCAGUUGGACAAAUCUGACACCAAUGACUCCAACACAGAAGAAGACGAGGAGGAAUUAACAGGGAGGAGGCAGUUAACUAUAAACUUAAGUCAGACUCUGCGGACUAGGCAGCUGCUCGUAGACUUUGAUGGCGGCCGGCCUGUUUUGAGUCUCAGGGCACCGCUGGACCUGGUUAGCUUCCCAUCCAUCUCCUGCCCCCGGUGGCCCAUAGAGUGUGAGGUCAUCAAUGACAUCAUCCAACACAUAGAGUGGGACCCCCCAGAGCCAGAGCCUUUCUACAAGGCCACAGGACAUGAGAGGACCCCCAUACCAGCAGGAGAUGAGAGGGGCAAAGUGGUGUACUGCAUUGACCAUGCCACCAAGCGUCCCUUCUUCUCCUGCUCCCGUGUCGGAGGAAACAGGGGGCCCAUUAAGAGCGCCACUUCAUAUGACAAUCAGACAGACUUCACCCUUGAGUUUGAGUCACGCUUUGAGAGUGGAAACCUCCAGAAGGCGGUGCAAGUGGGAGUCUAUGACUAUGAGCUCACCCUGCACACAGACUUGUACACCAGGAAGCACACGCAGUGGUUUUACUUCAGGGUCAGGAACAUGAAGGCUGGAGUGCCAUACCGCUUCACUAUCGUCAACUUGAUGAAGAGCAGCAGCCUGUAUGUUCAGGGUAUGAGACCACUCCUCUACUCAGAGAGGGCCGCCAAAGAGAAAGGUGUUGGAUGGCAACGCACCGGCGCCAAUAUCAGAUACUACCGCAACUGCCAGCAGGUAGAGGAAGACAACAACAGUGACACGCCCCCCCUGUUCUCACUCACCUGGACUCUCCAGUUCCCUUCUGACUCUGACACCUGCUACUUGGCCCACUGCUACCCCUACACCUACUCCCACCUGCAGCGCUACCUGAGGCGCGUCUCUUCCAACCCAGCCUUCGCGUCAUACUGUUCACUGAGGGUGCUGUGCCACAGCCUCGCUGGAAAUGCUGUGUAUGUGGUGACGAUAACGUCCCGGGCGGGCAGCAGGGUGGAGGGUAGGACUAAGAAGGCCGUGGUGGUGACGGCCCGAGUGCACCCUGGAGAAACCAACGGGUCCUGGAUGAUGGAGGGGUUCCUAGACUUCCUGCUCGGGGACUCAGAGGAUGCUCAGCUACUCAGGGACACUUUUGUUUUUAAGGUGGUGCCGAUGCUGAACCCAGAUGGUGUGAUCGUGGGUAAUUACCGCUGCUCUCUGGCAGGCAGGGACCUGAACAGAAACUACAAGACACUGCUCAGGGACUCCUUCCCCUGUGUGUGGCACACCCUAAACAUGGUGGAAAGGCUGAUGGCUGAGAUGGAUGUCGUUCUUUACUGUGACUUUCAUGGACACAACCGUAAAAACAAUGUCUUUAUGUACGGAUGUAACAACCGAGGUGACGCCUCGCUGAAGCUUCAUGAGAGACUCUUUCCACUGAUGAUGAGCAAGAAUGCCGGUGAUAAGUUCUCUUUUAAGAGUUGUAAGUUUCGGGUUCAGAAGAGCAAAGAGGGAACCGGACGAAUCGCCAUGUGGAGACUCGGCAUCAAAAACAGCUACACCAUGGAGGCCACCUUCGGAGGCUCCACUCUGGGCGACAGGAGAGGAACACAUUUUACUACUCAAGACCUGAAGUCCCUCGGCUUCUACUUUUGUGACACCCUGCUGGACUACUGUGACCCAGAUCCAACAAAGCUGUCUUUUGUGUUAUCCCUGUGCUUUUUUCUUCAGACCACUUACUGUCUGUCAGAGCUGGCAGCGUUGUUUAAGAAGCAGGUCAGCGAGAGGCUGGGCAAAGAUCUGGGCACUGAAUGUAACUUUUCUGUGUCUGACCUGGAAAGCAGCACCAGUGGUUCAAAUAGUUCUGAUUCCGACGGACUCCCAGCUCAUUUGAUGAACCAUACAGAGCAGACUCCAGUGAAGAAGAAAAAUAAACGCUUGAGGAGUUGUAAAGAGAGGAACAGGCUGCGACCAGAGGAAGGGAGGAGUAAAGAACAGGCCAAAGUUCUGCAAUGCAGCACAACCAAUAUUGGUUCCAACCUGCCACGAGAGGGCACUGUUAAAGAGGAGAGGCCUGUUGGAAGACACAGGAAAACAUGGCAGGUGAAUGGCCUGAUAAAGAAAGCUGUGAUCCCGUCUCACUUCACCCACCCAGGGGAGGUCAGUCAUGUGACUCUGUGGCAGGGCAGCGAGCCUGUCAAGGAGUAUGAAAACAUGAAAUCGGCAUUGAGCGUAAAAGAAUGUCCACAUCUCAGCACAUACAGGACUGUGGCCACUAGCACAGGACAGUGGAGAUGCUCCUCUCAGCUGCUGCACCUGAGUGCCGUCCUUCCUCAGUCUCCAAAUGUCCUGCAUCCCAACAACCGACAGAAUCGCUGCCCCAGACAAUCCUUGGUCGCCUAUAAUGUCUACAGAGGUUUGCCACCUUCCCUUACAGCGCCCGACAGGUCUUCCAUGUACCUCAAGAUGGUUCCAGACAUUGUUCCAACCAAACGCUUGCUGUCAAAUUUCCCAGCUGACACUCUGCACACUUUCCGAGACAGAAACUUAGAAAGUUCCUUUGUGCCUGAGGAUUCCUUCCUCUCACACACAGACACAACAAACACCAAGCAGCAGAGCGAGGAAGAAGAUUCCCCAGAAGUAGGUUUCUCACUGAUGAGAUGUUUGCCCCUGGGAGAACGGAAGCAGAGAGAAACUGAAUCGCGCAGCAGAUUAUUUGUGCCUUUUCUGAGAGACACAGACCUGAGAGGGAAAAGAUACUGCAAAGAGACCGUGGAGGACAAGAGGCACCUGGGUGUUUUAUCCCCUGCUUCAAAGCCUUCAGGCCUCAUGCAGAUGGUGCCUAAGCGUCCACAGAGUGACUCCCUCCGUAGUUUUCAGACUAAUAAGGACAUCAGGCACUAUCAGAUAUGAAAGACAAUGGUGACACUGUCCCCACAUUCUGCCUCACUGUAGGGUGGGAUGUUUAUACAUUUGGAACUACAGAUUCAACUUUUUUUUUUUUUAAAGGUUCAUUCAUUCAACAGACGAAAAUACUAUGUUUAUGACCUCCUUCACACAGAUAUCAUAAUGCAAGUUAAACUACUAAUGUGGCAUUCAUAUGGCAACCUUUGUUCAAUGAUGGUUACACAAUGCUGGUCUUGUGUCUGCCAUACGUUGCAUUAGUUGCCUAAUAAAUGAUACACAGGC